UGUGUCUCUGUGUGUCUCUCUGUGUCUCUGAGGUCACGGCCGUGUUUUUCUCUCUGUGUCUCUGAGGUCACGGCCGUGUUUGUCUCUCUCCCCGUGUAACCACCACCACCACCCUCUGUGCUGAACUCUCCCGAGUCCCAUUCCGCUAGUAGCCCCCCGCCAACCCCUCCCCCCUCCCCUCCCCCUCCCCCCGCCCCCCCGCCAUGGGGAACUGCCUCAAGGCGGCGUCGCUGGACGACCUCUCCCUGCUGCACGACUCGGAGCCCGGGGACGCGCAGGCGGCGGGGCCACCCCCCCCCUACCAGCAACAGUCUGUUACAGGCUACGCGGGGGAUCUUUGUCUUUUGGUUGUGCAGGAGGAGGAGGAGGCGGGUGAGGCUCUGCCGCACUCGCUGGGGAGUGUGGAGGAGCAGGUCCGUGUGGCCCAGCGCCUGGGACUCAUCCAGCACCUGCCCCACGGCCUCUACGACGACGCGGGGCCCAGCGAGAAGACCGGUCGCGAGUGCGUCAUCUGCAUGCUGGAGUUCGUGAGCGGCGACGCCGUGCGGUACCUGCCCUGCCUGCACACCUACCACGUGGAGUGCAUCGACGACUGGCUCAUGCGCUCCUUCACCUGCCCCUCGUGCAUGGAGCCGGUCGACGCCGCGCUGCUCUCCUCCUACGGCACCGGCUGAUCGCCGCGGAGGCCCCCGCCGCCCCGCCCUGCUUCCCGCCGCGCUGCCGCCGCUGCCGCCGCUGCCGCCGCUGCCGCUCCUCCUCCCGCCCCUCCGCCUGUUUUCUCGCCGCCCCGGCCGAACGUCUUGGCGGCCUCCCGGCCGCGCGUGCCGCCCCUGCGGGGAACCGCCGCGGCUCGGUCCGCGGCGCUCUCCGGCGCCGUCCCCUGUCCGGCCGUCUGCGCGUCUCCGCGUUGGUUACCGGCGGCGGAGGCGGCGGCGGAGGCGGUGCCGCCGCACGUCCCGAGCGACCGCUCGCGGCCGGUCCUGGAGGGGGCGACGAGGCGGCCGCUCCCUGGGCGAGGACGCCGGGGGGCCGUGUGAGACCAGGACGCUCGCUGGGAUCGCGUGGCUCGUGGAGGCUCUUCGAGCUGCCUGGCGGGGGUGUGGGGGGCACGGUCUGUGCCGCCAGUCUUCGUGCGGGGGUCUGCGCCCCGACGACCCCCGACGACCCCCGACGACCCCCGACGACCCCGUGAUCCCCGUGAUCCCCGUGAACCCCGUGAUCCCCGUGAUCCCCGUGAUCCCCGUGAACCCCGUGAACCCCGUGAUCCCCGUGAUCCCCGUGAUCCCCGUGAGCUGGAGACGCGCGCCGACCGCGGCGCCCAGGCCGGUGGAGCCGCACCCGAGGGGCAGGACCCGAGUUUGCAUCCUGGACGUGGAUCGGCGGUGUAGUGCCGCAGCAUCGCCCUGCGGGUGGUCUCUGCCAGCCCGACAGAACUGCUUCAUGGAGGGGGAAACGCUCGGGUGGUCGUCUGUCAGGGUUUGACCCACGACAGUCAUUGGUACCGAGAUCUGGCACCGGUACCGUGUUGGACUUCAUUGCA